CACGGUCGCCGCCCCUCCGUCGCCGUCGCUUGCACCUCAACCGCCGCGGCCUCCCCGAAGGUGCUGGAGCUGGGGGACGCCAUCGCGGGGCUGACCCUGGAGGAGGCGCGCGGGCUGGUGGACCACCUGCAGGAGCGCCUGGGCGUGUCGGCGGCCGCGUUCGCCCCCGCCGCCGCCGUGGCCGCCCCGGCCGGAGCGGCGGCCGAGGCCGAGGCGCCCGCGGAGCAGACGGAGUUCGACGUGGUGAUCGAGGAGGUGCCGAGCAGCGCCCGCAUCGCCACCAUCAAGGUGGUGCGCGCGCUGACCAACCUGGCGCUCAAGGACGCCAAGGACCUCAUCGAGGGCCUCCCCAAGAAGCUCAAGGAGGCCGUCGGCAAGGACGAGGCCGAGGACGCCAAGAAGCAGCUCGAGGCCGUCGGCGCCAAGGUCACCGUCGCCUGAGCCUGACCUUGACGACGUUGCUGCUGCAUUGCUACUAGGAAUUCCAUAAUUUUACCAAAAUUUUCCUUGUCGAAAAGACAUUUUCUCUUGUGUAAUUGUAAAAUUGUAUCCGGCCCGUUGCAAGAUCUUGCGUCCUUUAUAUACUCUGUUUCUUGCUC